AUGAAGCCUUCUGCACUCGCCCGCAGCGUGUUGCUUCACUUGCUCUUGGUAGCCAGCACGGCCUCAAGCAGCAGCAAUGUCAACGCUCGGCGCUGCAAAUGCUUCCCAGGCGAUGCGUGCUGGCCGUCCCAGCGAGCCUGGGAGAACUUCAACAAGACCGUAGGCGGUCGCCUGGUCCGGACAGUCCCGCUUGGCUCCCCGUGCCAUGAUCCUCAUUACGAUGAGGCCUUGUGCGAGACCCUCAAGAAUGACUGGCGCUAUUCCGAGGUCCAUAUCAAGUCGUCUUCGUCAAUGCAGGACCCCAUCUUUGCCGGCGCGAGCUGUGACCCUUUCACACCGCGAAACACGUCUUGUCAGCUUGGCAAUUACGUCCACUACGCCGUGGAUGCAACGGGGCCCCAGGAUAUUGCCCAGACGAUUCGAUUCGCUACAAAGAACAACAUCCGGCUCGUGAUCCGGAACACUGGCCACGACUAUAUGGGCCGGUCAACGGGAGCUGGUGGCCUGGCGACCUGGGUGCAUCACCUGAAGGGAGUCGACAUCCUAGACUGGGCCGACGCCGAAUAUACGGGCAAGGCCGCCAAGAUGGCAGCGGGAACGCAGGGCUGUGAGCUCAUUGAGGCAUUGUCAUCUCAUGGCCUGGUCGCGGUCACCGGGCAGUGCCCCACCGUCGGUGUUGCAGGAGGCUACACGCAGUCGGGUGGCCACUCGCCGCUGAGCACAGCCUUUGGCCUCUCGGCGCAUAAUACGCUCGAGUUCGAGGUGGUCACUGCCGACGGGCGUCUUGUGACGGCCAGUCCGUCUUCCAACGCGGACCUUUUCUGGGCGCUCAGCGGCAGCGGCGCCGGCAACUAUGGCGUCGUGGUCUCGGUGACACUCAAGGUCCACCCAGAGGCCGUCACCAGCGGUGCCUCUUUCACCAUCGCCCAGCCUGGCCUCAACUACCCGGCGAUCGUCAAUGCAUGGCACGAUGCCCUCCCGGACGUGCUCGACGCGGGCAUGAUGGUCACGUACUACGCCGCAAGCAACGCCUUUGGCGUCCUGUCUUUGACCGGGUACAACCGCACGCAGGCCGAAGUCGCCGCGGCGCUGGCGCCGUUCGCCACCGCCCUCGCCGGGUUGGGCUCCUCCAUGCAGCCGGCGUACACGCAGUUCGACACUUACCACGAGCACUACGUCCACUCGUACGGGCCCCUCCCGGUGGGCUCCUUCGGCACGGCCGGGGAGUGGCUCAUGGGUGGGCGGCUGCUCUCGCGUGGCGCGCUGCCGGGGUUGGGCCCCGAGCUCAACGAGACCUUGAGCCUGGGCGUGGCUCUCAUCGGCCAGGCCGUCAGCGUUGCCCGCUUCGAUGCCCCGGACGUGAGGGCUGUGGCGCCCCACUGGAGGGACGCCGCGGUCAUGGCGUCGUUCGUGCUCCCCUUUGACUUUGCCGCCCCCUUCCAGAACAUGGCGGCGCGGCAGGACUACAUCACCGAGUCGGUGAUGCCACGCAUAGAGGCUGCCACGCCCGGGGGCGGGGCGUACAUCAACGAGGCCGACUUUCAACAGCCUGACUGGCAACAAGUCUUUUAUGGGGGGCAUUAUCCGAAGUUGAAGGCAGUUAAGAGACGGUAUGAUCCGAAAGGGUUAUUCUACAACUCCAUAGCUGUAGGUAGUGAGAGGUGGGAGGUUCUGAAUAAUGGCAGGAUGUGUGAGGCUUAA